GCCUGCCACCUAGUGGCCAGGGAGAGGACCGUCGGGGAAGGACGCACAGUGGCUGAGGGAGAGGAGGGCCCCCCACCUGGAUCUCAGCCUCAGGCUGUGGGAGGAUAGGAGCCCUGCCUCCACACCUCAGGCUGUGGGGGGACAGACCACCUUCCAGACCACAGGCGGAGGGGCACUGGGCCUCGGGCUGUGGGGACGCAAAUGGCCCCUUCCAGAACUGGGGCUGAGUGGCAGAGCCCAGAAGCAAGGCUGGGGGCCAGGGCAACAAUGACGCCUGGAGCUUCAGGAAGGCGAAACAGUGGGCAUCCAACUUGAGCGGGGACAGAGGCCAGGACCAGUGCUGGAGACGGCGCCCACGUCGUGCUGCCCAGAUGUGGAGCCCCUGAGCAGCGGUUGGCUCUCAAAGCCCCACAACCCUGCGGCCCUGAAGGUUGAGAUCUGGCUGGAGGCUGGGGCUGGGGCUGAUCCCAGCGGCCAUGUUCUCCCUGCCAUCCCUCCCCUCCUGGCUCCCCAGCCUCCCCUCCCUCCAGUGGGGAUCCGGCCUCCUCGACUCUGUCCUUCAAGGCCUCAUCGGGGCCAGUGGAGUCUCCGUCCUGAACAGCCUCCUGAAGGUCUACUUCUUUGUGAACUGUGCCAACAACCCCGAGCGGCGGCUGGAGAAGCAGCGGCUGCAGGCCCAGUGGGCCUCCCUGGAGACCGUGCACCUGGCCGGGCUGGCCUUGAUCCUGACCGUCCUGGGGGCCCGGGUGGCUGCCCUGGUGGUGCUUGAGUUCUCCCUCCGAGCUCUGUCCACACUGCUCUCCCUGGGCCAGGGCUCUGAGAGGGAGAGGCUGCAGCUGUACCUCGUAAGCCAGUACUCCCUGGGCUGUGGGCUGACCUGCGGCCUGAGCUUCCUGCAGGAGGGAGCCCCUCACCGCACCUUGAACUUGCUGCUGGGCCUCUGGCUGGCCACCCUGCUGGGCACGGGUGCCAGGCGCCUCUGCCGCCACACCUGCCAGCUGUAUGAGCUACACAGCAGCCAGCACUACUGCGGGGUCUGCCUAGGCCUGCUGGCCGGCGCUCACGGCCUCCCCAGGCUGCUGGCCCGUGCCCUGGCUGUGGCCUUUGCUGUGGGUGACCUGGCGGCUGUGGCCCUCAUCAACCGGGACUUCCCAACCACCUCGGAUGCCGUGCGCUUCUGGACGCCGCUCGUCAUCUGCUACGCCCUGCUGGUCAUCUACAUGCAGGAAGAGCAACGGCAGCACCCCGGCCUGCAGAGUCACGUCCAGACCUUGCUGGUGCGCAUGGGCGGCCUCUUCGUGCUGCUGCUGACCGUGGGCAGCUGGCUGGACCUCCUGGGAGUCGUCCUGUCCCUGCUGGGCGAGCUCUGGUGCCUGGCGGGCAGCCGCACUCUGCUGGACCUUUGCCAGGAUUUUCCAUCCCAGAGGCCGACAGUAUCUGCUGCAAGGGAGUCCCAGCCCCAGCCCUCAGCAGCCGCCCAGCCCCGGGGCCCAGCCCCCUCCUGACUGGCCUUAGCCAGGACUCGAGUCUGUCUUAGGCCCACCCGGGCUCUUCUGGAGGCCUUGACCCCAGGACACUGCCCUGAGGCAGAGGGACAGGGCUGGCCCCCACCUGGAGCUCGAGCUGGGCGCUGGGGGCUCCUGGCAGGGAGGGUUUGGGGCUAGGGACCUCCGAAGGGGGGCACCAGAAGCCAGUGGGUGAAGCCCCGUUUUUCUCAGGAUGGACAAUGGGUACAACCCCCUCAGACCCUCCUUCCCCAGGGGGUUUGGGGAAUGAGGGAGAAUUGCGUCCUCAGAAUGGCUCCCUUUACUGGCCUCCCUCACCUCCUCCAUGAACAAUAAUAAAGAUGAUUUUUCUCAA